CUAUAGCACAUUCUUUGUGGAAAGCUUUCACCUGAAAAGGAAGAAAAGAAAGCAGCAUAGAGCCAUGGCUAGUAGGCACAUUGUCCUUCUCUCUUGUUUUGUAUUCCUAGCAGACCAGCAUGGAAUCCAAGCAGUCGAGUAUGAGGUCACCAACAAUGCUGGAAGCAGCGCCGGUGGCGUCCGAUUCACAAAUGAAAUCGGAAUCCCGUACAGCAGGCAGACGCUAGUAUCUGCCACCGACUUCAUAUGGGGGGUCUUCCAACAGAACACUCCAGAAGAGAGAAAAACGGUUCAGAAAGUGAGUCUGAUAAUUGAAAACAUGGACGGAGUAGCCUAUGCUUCCAACAAUGAGAUUCAUGUCAACGCCAACUACAUCGGAAGCUACUCAGGCGAUGUGAAGACUGAAUUCACUGGGGUGCUUUACCAUGAGAUGACACACAUUUGGCAGUGGAAUGGCAACGGACAGACUCCGGGGGGACUAAUAGAGGGAAUUGCCGAUUAUGUGAGGUUGAAGGCUAACUAUGCCCCCAGCCACUGGGUGCAACCUGGGCAAGGGAACCGUUGGGACCAGGGCUAUGAUGUUACAGCUCGAUUUCUGGACUACUGCAACAGCCUUAGAAAUGGGUUUGUAGCAGAACUCAACAAGAAGAUGAGAAGUGGGUACAGUGCAGACUUCUUCGUGGAGCUUCUGGGGAAGACAGUUGAUCAGCUGUGGACUGACUAUAAGGCCAAAUAUGGAAAUUAACUAGCAGUCUGAUUCGAGCAUUGUAGCUGAUAAGAAAUAAAUAAAACCCUAUGAUUGUUCUCUAUAAAUGAUGAUCAAUAAAUAAUUUUUCAAUUCCAGAAUAAAA